AUGGCAGAUCCGCAAUUGGUUUCUGUUCCAUCAAUACCUAUACCUGAACGACCAAAUACACGUAAUAAUGGGAAUCAACAAAACAAUGACCACAGUGUACCAGUACAGAAAGUGUCGUUCAUGUUAACUCCAACUGAAUGGAAGGCGGCGUAUAGUCAAUCAAAAAAGAAAAUGAAUCCAGAGGACAUUUACCAGAAGGUACAAGAAAAAAAAAAUUCUAAACCAUUCUGGUGUCGUGGUAAUUGUAAGGGCAGUGAAUGUACUAGAUCGUAUUAUAUAACUCUUGAGAACAAACCAGAUAUUUAUACAUCAGCAUUAUUUAUGAUGGAAAUCUCAGGUAUUGAAAAACAUAAUCCUGAAACUGAAACAAUGACUCGUCAGCUGCGUGGAGUUGAACGGUUAAAUGUCGGAGAGCGAAUAAAUAAUAUGGGACCUUUAGCAGUAUUUCGUGAACGUGUCGAAGCUGCUGAUGAAAACUAA